AUGACCGUUAGGCGACAGGGAGGCGAUCCGGGGCGAUCUCCGCGCCCGACGGCGGAGCCACCGCCCGAUGCCGGCGAUCGCCGCCGGGUGGGCGGUCGCUUCUGGGCCCUCGCCGGAUCUGACGAUGAUGAUGCGGACGAGGAUGGAGCGGAGCCGCCGGGGGAGUCACCGCCGUCUCCUACGCCGUCGGACCUAAUCUGUGAAUUCUUUCAUUCAGGUUACUCGGAAGAGGAAGUAGCGACCACGGUGGACAAGGUGGUUCCCAGAGACGAUCUGGCUCGUGAGGGGCUGCACGAUGGAGAGAAGAUCGAGAUUGUUCGCCGGAUCGUGCAUAGAAGGACGGCGCCGUCGGCGCUUCGUCCAUGGAAGGGACCUUUACCCAAGGCGGCGCAGGUACCUGUGUCCAGCCGGGGCGACAUAUCUUUGGGGCAGGAGGCCCUGGAGGUCCGUCUCGCGGGAGCCUCGUUGGUGGUGGGGUCGCCGGAGGUGCUAGGCAGGCGUCAGGGGCAGGUGGCCCCUGACCCUCUAGUACCGACGGCGGUCCUGCAGGUGGAGCGCACGGCUGCCACGGCGUCGGCUGGGGGGGUCGGACUAGGGCAGGAGGCCCUGGUGCCAACUCCGUCAGGCAUCUCCACAUCUCCUACGCGGUCCCCCUCUCCCAGACCUACUCCGGGAGCCGCUACUCGGGAGGAGGUGAUCGCGUUCGGAGGGAUCCGAGACCCUGCUUCCGAGGGGAGGCGGACGAGCUCUCGUCUCCAGGACCUUCCGGAGGUUGAUGAUUUGCAGCAGAGGUGCGCUAUGCGGGCGGCCAAGCUGCGUGAUGUGGAGAGCACAACAGGUUAUCUUCCGAGCAACGGCUCUUAUCCGUUCCUGGUCGCUACUCACUCCGACGGAGGCCAGGGAGCUUUUGGUUACUGCUGCUAUCCGAUGGGAGAUGGUAGCUCGGGAUAUAUUCAGCCGGUUUGGAUGGCGGUCGUGUAACAGGAUAGGCAAUUAGUUUACCUGUCUAUUUUGGAGCCAAACGGCUGUGAUGUAUAAGUGCUUUGGCUAGCUUGUGUAUCUAGCCUUCGGGCUCUGUGUGAGCCUUUUCUUA